GUUUCUCUCUCUCUCGCCUCCGGCAUUCUCCGCGCUGCUGAUCCGCGGGGUUUCGGUGCGCUCAAACGCGCUCGGCGUUCAGACUCCUAAGCACCCCCGAUGGCCCCCCAUCAGCGACACUGCACUAACCAGACGACCAGCCCCGGCUUCAAGCUCCCUUAGCGAAGGCAGGACCCCGAGAGUCCUCUCCUGGAAUACCGCAUUGUUUAUAAUUUUCAGCCACACAGAAAGAGAGAGACGGAGGAGAUGGUGCUGAUGAUGCGCCCGCGAUGGUGGAUUUCCCUUUUGUGCGUCUGUGAAUUGAUGCACGUCGGUCACCAGAGCAGCCCUAACGCCGGAGAUGGAGACGCCUUGUCGAGCUUGAAGGCUCUUCGUGAUGCGGGCAGGUUUGUCGGGAAGGAGGACACGGUGCCUCUCCGCCUGCUCUACAGCAGGCACAACCACAGCCAGAUCACACAGGACGAGCUCAGCACCAGGAUUAAAGCCAGCGCCAGCUCUGACUCCACGCAGGUACACAAG